GAGGACAAAGAAAAAACUCUUUACACAGUGUUCGUAGCGAGUGCGGCGCGUAGCGGCGGCCAAUCGUAGCGCUCGUAGCCCGAGCGAAGUGCGUAGCGAGCGGGAAGCGGCGGUGGCGGCGGGCAACACUGACCUUUCUCGAACAUCCGCAUUCCCACGAACACUCAUUUUACUUUCAUUAAACUAUGUGCCUGUUUCCGAAGUACGUAUCGCUCAAUCAAUAGUUCUCUGCUGGUGAGGUCUGGCCGGAGCGGUGCACGGUGCACGGAGAGUGAGGCGGCAUGGCUCGGGGCGGGCGCGGCCGGGCGGGCGCUGGGCGCGCGGGCCGCGUGCCGGCGCGGUAGGGCGCAGGGUACGCAUCGAUCGCGCGGCAUCGACCGGCGCGGGGCGCGGCGGCGGGCGCGGCGGCGCGUCAGUCGCGCGCUGCCCUGGCGUGCGAUCGCGCGCAUCGCUACACGUGCAUGGCGCGCUUGACUGGAUGCCUCGCGCCCUCGGGGAAUGGCUUCGUCCGAGGAAGAGGCGACUACCCCGUCGAUCAUCCCUGAAGAUGACUGCCUCAGUGUCCGAAAAUGGUGGUGCUUUCUCCUCUCGUCGAUAUUCACGUUCCUGGCGGGGCUCGCCAUCGUGGUGGUAUGGCGCAUCUGUGCGUUCAUCUGCUGCCGCAAGGAGCCGGAGCUGUCGCCGAACGACCCCAAGCAGAAGGAGCAGAAGGCGGCGCGCCAGGGGAAGCAGGAGUUCGAGGGGACCUUCAUGACGGAGGCCAAGGACUGGGCCGGCGAGCUCAUCUCCGGGCAGACCACCACCGGCCGCAUCCUGGUAGUGUUGGUGUUCAUUCUGAGUAUAGCAUCGCUCAUCAUCUACUUCAUUGACGCAUCCAGGAUCACAUAUUUCAGUGAGGAGGUGGAGCGAUGUCAGAAAUGGAGUGACAAUAUUACUCAGCAGAUUGACCUUGCCUUUAACAUAUUUUUUAUGGUCUACUUUUUUAUACGAUUUAUAGCAGCUAGUGACAAACUGUGGUUCAUGCUCGAAAUGUAUUCAUUUGUAGAUUAUUUCACGAUACCCCCAUCCUUUGUAUCAAUAUACCUGGAUAGAACGUGGAUUGGGCUAAGGUUUCUCAGAGCUCUACGCUUAAUGACGGUGCCUGAUAUUUUGCAGUACCUCAAUAUAUUAAAGACAUCGAGCUCGAUUCGGUUGGCGCAAUUAGUAUCUAUAUUUAUAUCAGUAUGGUUGACCGCCGCCGGAAUUAUUCAUUUGUUGGAGAAUUCAGGUGACCCACUAGAGUUUGAGAACGCGCAGUCCCUCUCGUACUGGACAUGCGUAUACUUCCUCAUAGUCACCAUGUCCACAGUAGGGUACGGAGAUGUCUUCUGUCAUACAGUACUUGGCAGGACCUUUUUGGUAUUUUUUCUCCUCGUCGGCUUGGCAAUGUUCGCUAGUAGCAUUCCUGAAAUUAUAGAGCUGGUAGGAAGUAGGUCCAAGUACAGUGGCGAGCUGAAGCGUGAACAUGGAAAAAGGCACAUAGUUGUUUGUGGACAUAUAACAUACGAAUCAGUUAGCCAUUUUUUAAAAGACUUCCUACACGAAGAUAGAGAAGAUGUGGACGUCGAAGUUGUUUUUUUACACAGAAAAGAGCCUGAUCUUGAGCUGGAGGGGCUGCUGAAGCGUCACUACACCACCGUCGAGUUUUUUCAGGGUACAAUGAUGAAUGCCGUCGACCUUGAGCGAGUCAAGGUACAUGAAGCAGAUGCGUGCCUCGUACUGGCCAACAAAUAUUGUCAGGAUCCCGACGCCGAGGACGCUGCCAACAUCAUGAGGGUCAUAUCCAUCAAGAACUACUCCGAUGACAUCCGGGUCAUCAUCCAGCUCAUGCAGUAUCACAAUAAGGCGUAUCUUCUAAACAUUCCGUCGUGGGACUGGAAGCAGGGCGACGACGUGAUCUGCCUGGCGGAGCUAAAGCUCGGCUUCAUCGCGCAGAGCUGCCUCGCGCCCGGCUUCUCCACCAUGAUGGCCAACCUCUUCGCCAUGAGAAGCUUCAAAACGUCUCCCGAUACUCAAGCUUGGCAGAACGAUUACCUGCAAGGUACUGGCUGCGAGAUGUACACGGAGACCCUGUCGACGUCUUUCACUGGAAUGACGUUCCCUCAAGCGAGCGAGUUGUGUUUUACGAAGUUGAAACUUCUGCUGCUGGCAAUAGAGAUCAAAGGUGAGGAAGGAGCCGAUAGCAAGAUCUCAAUCAACCCGCGAAGCGCAAAGAUUCACGCCAACACUCAGGGAUUCUUCAUUGCUCAGUCUGCAGACGAAGUCAAAAGAGCGUGGUACUACUGCAAAGCCUGUCACGAGGACAUCAAAGAUGAAACUUUGAUAAAAAAAUGCAAAUGCAAAAACUUGACCGCACACCAGCGGAAGGUUGGAGCCGACCUAGAUGUCGGAAUGAUGAUGAUGCAGAGCGGGAUGGUGAAACAAAAUCUUAAUACAUAUCGAAGUUGUCACGACGUGGCCACAUUCAGGAAGGGCGUACGCGCCGUGCAGAUGGUUGGCAGGGCAAAUGACCACCACCCUCCCCCCACCUUCACGCCGCCAGAGUUGCCCAAGAAGGUCCAUGUUCGAGGUGAAAUUGCGAGAGAACGUGGGGAAGACAUUAGUUUAAUAAAUCGGAAUCAUCGGGGUGCGGCGCCGACAACGUUGCUGUCUCCAAUGGCGAAUCAGCUGAUGAACACCACCACCACGAGGCAAGUCAACAAAGUGAAGCCCAACGUGAACCGGGCACCGCCUGACACGAAUCCGCAAGAUCAAGAUACGAAUUACCAGGCCUACCAUCUUGCCUACGAAGUGAAAAAGCUCAUGCCAACGAGUAGAAGCAGCGGUGGAAACCAGAACAGCAAUGGAGUCAGCUUACCGGCCGGGUUAGCUGACGACCAGUCGAAAGAUUUCGACUUUGAAAAGACUGAAAUGAAGUACGAUUCCACUGGCAUGUUCCAUUGGAGUCCUGCCAGGAAUCUCGAAGAUUGUAUAUUAGACAGAAAUCAAGCAGCCAUGACGGUCCUGAACGGGCACGUAGUGGUUUGUUUGUUUGCGGACCCAGAUUCUCCAUUGAUAGGUUUAAGAAAUUUGGUGAUGCCACUCAGAGCGUCCAACUUCCACUAUCACGAGUUGAAGCAUGUCGUGAUAGUGGGCAGCGUGGACUACAUAAGGAGAGAAUGGAAGAUGCUGCAAAACCUGCCGAAGAUAUCUGUCUUGAACGGUUCUCCUCUAAGCCGGGCCGACUUGCGUGCGGUAAAUGUCAACUUGUGCGACAUGUGCUGUAUCCUGUCAGCGAAGGUGCCAUCCAACGAUGACCCGACGCUGGCCGACAAGGAAGCUAUCUUGGCUUCCCUGAACAUCAAGGCGAUGACCUUCGACGAUACUAUAGGGGUCCUUAGUGCUGGCGCGGGACCCAACGGCAAUACUAGCACCACGCAGCCUCCGCAGGGCAAUCCGCCUGCGCCUGUUCUCUUGCAACGGAGAGGAUCGGUCUAUGGAGCCAAUGUGCCUAUGAUUACAGAGCUGGUGAACGACAGCAACGUGCAGUUCUUGGACCAGGACGACGACGACGACCCGGACACGGAGCUGUACCUCACGCAGCCGUUCGCGUGCGGGACCGCCUUUGCCGUCAGCGUGCUCGACUCGCUCAUGUCCACUACAUACUUCAACCAGAAUGCCUUAACCCUGAUCCGGUCGCUGAUCACGGGCGGCGCCACGCCCGAGCUGGAGCUCAUCCUGGCCGAGGGCGCCGGCCUGCGCGGCGGGUACUCCACCACGGAGAGUCUGAGUAAUAGGGACCGGUGUAGAGUCGGCCAGAUCUCCCUGUACGACGGGCCGCUAGCCCAGUUCGGCGAAGCGGGCAAGUAUGGGGACCUGUUCGUGGCCGCUCUAAGGGCCUAUGGGAUGCUGUGCAUCGGCCUGUACCGGUUCCGAGAUACCUCGUCGUCUUGCGACGCUAGCAGCAAACGAUAUGUCAUCACGAACCCGCCUGAUGACUUUUGCUUGCUGCCUACUGAUCAGGUAUUCGUCCUAAUGCAAUUCGACCCGGGCGUCGAGUACCGCUCCAACAAGCGGCCCGCGGCCGGCAAGGACGACGCCUCCUGACUAUUGCUGUGCAGCGCCCUCACCGAUGGGCCCUACUCCUACAUCUAAGUAGGUGGGCUGCCACUCCAGUCACACCCCCCAACGGACGCCAAAACCUUCCUUUGUUUUAUCUUCCGUACUGUUGUUCUAUUCAGUUUGUUGUCUUUGGUUCUCUGACUCUUUGAGUUUAAAACUUUGUGUGGCUUCACUGGAAUUGAGAUUUGAGUCGAGCCACUCAUUGGACUUAAAUAAAGGUUUUGUAUUUUCUAUCAUUUGUAUUACGUUUUCAGUUGGUUUUGUUUAUUUAAAGGCACAAAAUAUUCCUCUUUUACAUUGGUUUCUUGAAUAACAAAAUACUAUUUAAUUCGCUUCUGUGUGUAUUAUAUAUUUAUUCUUCUCCAAAAUUAUAUUUCCAUACUUUCUUAUAAUACACCGUCCAAUAUUUAGCAUAGAAUAAGACACCAUUCUAAUUUAUAAUCUGUUAUCUUUACUUCUACUCGUUUGAGCACUUUCUGUACAUUUUUUGCACUCAAUGUUUCCAUGGGUUACGUUAGUCGGGGAAUUACAAACUCGGAUUAAACACUUUCCUAUUAUUAAUUCUCUUUAUAAAUUGAAUUAAUAACUAGGCUCUCUGAUAUUAUAUUAAAUAUUACUUGUACAUUGCUUAGAUCUAUGUAAGUGUUUACAUUUAGUAUUUAGUACAAAAAUCUCAUUAUAAAACACCUAGAUACACCUUUACAAUGGUGAAAUGUUUAUCUUAAAGAUUUAGUAUAAUUAUUUUAUUUAACAACUAGAAGCACGCCACACAUUUAUCCAGCUCCAUUUAACAUUCAUUCAGCCAUUGACAAUUUCUCGAUAAAUAGAGGCCUUUGGAAUGUAAGUAAACUUACACUUUUCAGUGCUUAUUUAACUUAGUAGAUCCGAUUAAAAUUGCUCAAUUCUCUUUACCUAUUGCAAUAUUUUUUGCAUAAUUAAUUUGCAUGACAGUGGAAACGAUUUUGAAAAGCAAGUUCUUUUAAUUCAACAUCAAAUGAAUUUGGUAAACGUCAAGCGGUUUCGGGAUCGUCUCCAAUGUAUGUAUUUAUUAUCUUUUUAUCUUUACUCCUUGCAUGACUUUUUUAUGUAAUAAGAAGCAAGAAGUGUCCAUUCCAUAUCAUUGAAUACUCUUUAUUUGGGGCGAUAAGUGAAAGCUAUAAUGCAAAAUAUUUUAAGCAUUUAAAUACUCAUUGACUGAAAUGAUUUAAUAUGUCGUGAUUAUUGGGCAAUUAGUUUAAUUAAGAAUAGGAUUUUUGUUUUCGAUUCUAUUUGAUUUUAUUAUUUUAGUUACUAGGCAGUCAUUCAUUUUGUACUAUAUUUUAUUUUUAAAAAAGUAUCAUUUAUAUCGAAAACAGUACAUAAGUACCUACUAUGCUAUACUUUUAUAAGAUUUAAUAUUUCAUGCCCCUCUAUGUUUUAUAAUUAAACACACUUACACAUUAUAUUAUU